AUUUUCAGUUGGAGCACGUUAAAUUGUUUUUAUUCUUAAAAUUUAUUUUAUUUAUUAAAAAAAUAUUUAAUUUAAUUAAAAAAUAAUGUCUCAACGUACUAAUUAUUCGUCGUUUCAAAGUGCAAUCGCUAGUUGGGUUUCCAAAACCAAUUUAAUCAAAGAAAUUUCCUGUUCUGACUCGAUUUUGCCCGAUGUGAACGAAUUUUUUGCCGUUUAUAAGCGUAAAUUUAAGUUUCAUGUCAUGGAAGAAUAUAAUUUGGUAACAUUUUUACAAGAAUUUUAUCCUAAAUUUGAGUUCCAAUUGGAAGAUCAACAGAAUUUAUGCAAAUUUGAUCAUAUUUACGCUUAUUGUCUCUUGCUACAUUUCUCUUGUGUCGAACAAAAGGAUCAAUUUUUCCAUGGAGCUUGUUUAAACCUCUCUCAAUUUCAUCAAGGAAUCAUUUGUAAGUUCUUGAAAUUGUUGAUGGAGCGUCAAAUGUUCGACAAGGCAUCCUUAAGUGUCAUCAUGAAUGAAGCUCUGAUGCCUUCUCAUGUGCCUCCAUUGAAAAUUAUGCCAAAUAUUCAAAGCGGCAUGACUCCGCCGACACCAAAGUCAUCAAUGUUGAACAAAACAACGUCAAAAAUCCGGGAUUUGGAGACGGAAUUGAUGAUCGAGAAGAAUCGCGUGGAUGAAAUUGAGCUGCAGUAUCAGGAAAAAUUGCGACAAAAACAAAAAGAAAUUGAUGAAAUGCAAGUCGUCAAUACAAAGUUGCGGCAUGAAAUCCUCGAAAAAGAAUCGGAAAUGGCUUCGAUGACGUGUGAACUUGAAGUUAAUACCGCUUGUGAAGCUCUUCUCAAAACGAUUGCCGAGAAAACGCAACUUUUGGUCGAGUGUCAUGAGACGAUCAACUCUUUAAAUGCCGAAAACGAGGAAUUAUCCGAGAAAUUUGUGCAUUCGCAAGCUACAAUUUCAGAAAAAGUCCGUAAAAUCACCGAACUUGAGGACACAAUUAAUUCUCUGGAAGAUGAAAUUGAGCGUCAAACGUCGAAAAAUUACGCCUUGAUGUCGCACGUUGAAGGUCUCAAUAGUUUCAUCGCCAAUUCUCGUCGUUUGGAUGAAAGUUUGGAAUAUUUCAACUCACUGGAAAAGGAUUUCUUGAACAACAAUAAUGAUGAAAAGGAAACAAACAACAACAACUCCUUGAAAGAAAAUCCAGAAAAAUCCUUCGAAGGAAGUCAUCACAGUCCUUUGAUCAAAAAGAGAUCGUUUUCCAUCGAUAUUCAACCUUUGGCAGGAUUUCGACAUCGCAACCGGCAAAUUUACCGAUCAACAACUUACAAGGAAAGUGAACGUUAUUUAUCGAUUGCUGAUGAAAUAAAAGCGAGUUCAAUUUUGGAUUUUGGUGAAGAUGAAGCUGAUGAAGAGACGCAAUUGAGUUUAUUUUUUGACUCUCUUCAUGAAGGCGUUCCUGAUGGCGGCGAUGGAAGACGAGAGUCGGUAAUUCCUAAAAAUAAUAAAAUUUUGGAAAAAAUAAAAGAAGAAGAAGAUGAAGAGGAAAUUAGUCCAGCUUGCAGUCGUUUGUUGUCUCAGUUGAAAAAAGAAAAUGAAAGCUUACGUAAAACCAAUGAAACGCUCGCUCUUGCCCAAUUAGCGAUGAAACGUCCUAAAAGAGGGUUUAAAUUGUGUGUUGUUAGUUAAGUUAAACAUUUAUUUAACAUUUUAUUGUUUUUAUUUAAAAUAAAAAUUGUUAUUUUUUU